AGACAUCGCUCAAGUCUCAUGCACGCCAUUCUCUAUGGAAACGGACAUCACCCACAACAACACGAGCAUUCUCAUCUGAAGUGGCAGCCAAGAGGUUCAUCUUGGACAGCGUCGGCAGGAUUGUUUCCCUAUAUACUUCUGAAGGGUAACGAUGAAGGUUCCUGUAUCCGGGGAUGUGAAAGAGGAAACCGAAGAGGAAAAUGUGGAGGAGGAAGAAAAGCCAGAAGACGAGGUGUUUCUGAAACCUGUUGUUGAAGACCUAAGCAUGGAACUGGCCAGAAAGUGCACCGAGCUCAUUAGUGAUAUCCAUUAUAAAGAAGACUAUAGAAAGUCUAAGGACAAGUGUACGUCUGUGACUGAUACCCCUACGCUAAACCAUGUGAAAAAUAUUGGUGCUUUUAUUUCUGAGGCAAAAUACAAAGGUACCAUUAAAGCUGAUCUUUCUAACUGUCUGUAUAAGGACAUGCCUGCCACCAUUGACAGUGUCUUUGCAAGAGAAGUGUCCCAGCUGCAGAGUGAGGUUGCCUAUAAGCAGAAGCAUGAGGCGGAGAAGGGGCUCUCCGAUUAUGCCCACAUGAAGGAACCACCGGAGGUCAGACACGCCAUGGAGGUCAACAGGCACCAGAGUAACAUUUCUUACAGAAAAGAUGUGCAAGGCACCCACACGUAUACAGCGGAGAUGGACAGACCGGAUAUCAAGAAGGCAACUCAGAUCUCCAAGAUCAUAAGCAAUGCAGAAUACAAGAAAGGACAAGGCAUCGUGAAUAAAGAACCUUCUGUAAUUGGGAGACCAGAUUUUGAACAUGCCGUGGAAGCUUCUAAACUUUCUAGUCAGGUUAAAUAUAAAGAAAAGUUUGAUAAUGAAAUGAAGGGAAAAGGCCACCAUUACAACCCUCUGGGAAGUGCGUCUUUCAGACAACAUCAGCUCGCUACUGUCCUGGCAAGCGAUGUGAAGUACAAGAAAGAUGUUCAAACCAUGCACGAGCCAGUUUCAGAUCUCCCAAACUUGUUGUUCUUAGACCAUGCUCUGAAAGCCAGCAGAAUGCUCAGUGGAUGGGAAUAUAAAAAGAAUUUUGAAGAAAACAAAGGAUCGUAUCACUUUGAUGCGGAGGCCCCUGAACACCUGCACCAUAAAGGAAAUGCCACCCUCCAGAGUCAGGUAAAAUACAGAGAAGAAUAUGAGAAGAAUAAGGGGAAGUCCAUGCUUGACUUUGUUGAGACACCAUCAUAUCAGUCUUCAAAGGAGGCUCAGAAGAUGCAGAGCGAGAAAGUUUACAAAGAAGAUUUUGAGAAGGAGAUUAAAGGAAGAUCCUCACUGGAUUUAGACAAGACUCCUGCAUUUCUACACGUGAAGCACAUCAGCAACCUGAUGAGGGAGAAAGAAUAUAAAAAAGAUUUGGAAAAUGAAAUAAAAGGGAAAGGAAUGGAACUUAGUUCAGAAGUUCUUGAUAUUCAGAGAGCAAAGCAAGCAUCUGAAAUGGCCAGCGAGAAAGAAUACAAAAAGGACCUGGAGUUGGAAAUUAAAGGGAAGGGGAUGCAAAUCGACGCCGAUACCCUUGAAAUACAGCGAGUCAAAAGAGCUGCCAAGAUAGCCAAGCGAGACUAUAAAAGAGAUCUGGAGACAGAAAUUAAAGGGAAAGGAAUGCAGGUCAGCACAGACACGCUGGAUGUUCAGAGAGCUAAGAGAGCAUCUGAGAUGGCCAGCCAGAAGCAAUAUAGGAAAGACUUGGAGAAUGAAAUUAAGGGGAAAGGAAUGCAAGUAAACGUGGAUAUCCCGGACAUGCUCCGCGCCAAGAGGGCGUCUGAAAUCUACAGCCAGAAAAAGUAUAAAGAUGAAGCUGAGAAGAUGCUCUCCAACUAUUCCACUGUGGCAGUCACUCCCGAGAUUCAGAGAAUCAAGACGACGCAGCAAAACAUUAGCAAUGUAUCUUAUAAGGAGGAAGUAGGAGCUGGCACAGCCGUAAGGAAUACUCCAGAGAUUGAACGAGUGAAGAAAAACCAGCACAAUAUUAGUUCGGUGAAAUUUGAAGAAGGAAUUAAGCAUGCAACAGCCAUUUCUGAUCCUCCUGAGCUAAAGUUACAGAAAAACCAGAAGAAUGUCAUCAAUAGGUUCCAGUAUAAAGAGCCAACCUAUAAGGCCACUCCGGUAACCAUGACCCCAGAGAUAGAGAGAGUGCGGAGGAACCAGGAACAGCUGAGUGCGGUCAAACACAAAGGAGAGCUAAAACAGGCAACUUCCAUUUUGGAUCUGCCAGGGCUGAAGAGAGUGAGAGAAAACCAGAAAACGAUCAGCAAUGUUUAUUAUAAAGGCCAAUUGGGAAGGGCUACAGCUUUGAGCGUAACGCCCGAAAUGGAAAGAGUAAAGAAGAAUCAAGAAAAUAUCAGCUCGGUGAAAUACACUCAGGACCAUAAACAAAUGAAAGGUAGACCAUGUGUGAUCUUAGAUACACCUGCUUUGAGACAUGUAAAAGAAGCACAAAAUCAUGUUUCCAUGGUCAAAUAUCAUGAAGAUUUUGAGAAGACGAAGGGAAGAGGCUUCACUCCUGUUGUGGACGAUCCUGUGACGGAGCGGGUGAGGAAGAACACCCAGGUUGUGAGCGAUGCUGCCUAUAAAGGGGUCCAGCCUCACGUUGUGGAGAUGGAUAGAAGACCUGGGAUCAUUGUUGACCUUAAAGUGUGGCGCACAGAUCCCGGCUCCAUCUUCGACAUUGACCCCUUGGAGGACAAUAUUCAGUCUCGAAGUCUCCAUAUGCUCUCUGAAAAGGCAAGUCAGUACCAGAGCCGCCUGUCUCGCUCACACUCUGGCAGCACUUUUGGUACGGGUCUGGGAGAUGACAAGUCAGAGAUCUCCGAGCUCUACCCUAGCUUUUCAUGCUGCAGUGAGGUAACAAGACCAUCUGAUGAAGGAGCACCCGUCCUUCCUGGAGCUUACCAGCAGAGCCACUCCCAAGGCUACGGGUACAUGCACCAGACCAGCGUGUCGUCCGUGAGGUCAAUGCAGCAUUCAGCAAAUCUAAGGACCUACCGAGCCAUGUACGAUUACAGUGCGCAGGACGAAGAUGAGGUCUCCUUCCGAGAUGGUGACUACAUCGUCAACGUGCAGCCCAUUGAUGACGGCUGGAUGUAUGGCACCGUGCAGAGAACCGGGAGAACGGGCAUGCUCCCAGCGAAUUACAUUGAGUUUGUGAAUUAAUUCUUUCUCCUUGCCCUUUGAGCUUUAUUCUGAUGUAUUCCAAACUCAACCUUUUUAAAGAGAUAGAUGACACUUUUCAGAUAACUUGGCAAUUAUUUUACAACAAUGUAUCCUUACUUUGACAAUUAGACACACAGGUACCAGGAGAAAGGAAUUGACUUUCAGGCUGGAAAUGGCAGCAGCCAUAGUAAUUCCUGUAAACAAAACCAUUAGGUCUGGAGACCUGGUGCUGCUAAUUGUGUUUGUGGUUUCAUUUGAUUGGCUACUCAACCCUUCUGGGAAAUGUAUUUUUGUAGACUUUAAUAGAGAUGUCGAUUGUCCCUUAAAUGUAACAAAUGUAUGAAACUUCUUAGCUGUCACUUGGAACCAUCCACAAGCUUAUUCUCAUAGUCCAGCAACACAGCCAAUAAUUCAAAAACUGUUCAGCCUUUAAAUCAUCGGGUAAUUUUUAAUUCAAGCGAGAGUCACCUAAUAUAAUAAAUGGAAACAGUGGUAGAACGAGUCUGGUUAAAAUCACAUUGACUGUAGCCUUAGGGAGCCGGCAGGGAGCUUACCCUUUCCCUAGGCUGAGCAGGAACUAGUUACUUCUCACGUGUUCCAUGGUGUAGCCUGUCUCCAAUUGCCUUCUGUGGAGCAGAGCAUCUGCUCAGGUCCCCAGAAUGUCAGGACCAGGUGACUUCCCAGCUUCUCUGCAAAGGGCAAAGUCCAGUGUCAUCUGUAGCAUUUCCCCAGUAGCCUCUAUCCUGUUGCAUGUCUCGUGGGCUUGAGCUUCUGUAACAUGGCGGCUCCUUGCCCAUCCUUGUUAUGAAAGUCAACUGUAUGGCCAGUCUCUCCCUGCCCCUCUUUCUAGUUGCCCGCUCAUUGGAAAACAUUUUGAAAAGUUGCUUGAGGCUUUCUUGCUGUAUUACACUCUAGUUUCGAAAGACUCAUGCCUUAGGAACUACAUAUAUACUCUAGUCAAUAGGAGUUUUGUGUAUUUACUGGAUAGCUUUCACUCACUUAAUGCCACCGUUGAUUUAAAUGUGGGGUGAAUUGAACAGCAUCCUAUGUAAGAGAACAUCCUCCAUAAAGUGGCUGAAAACUGAAACAAAACAGCGGAAGUUUGCUCCACAAUUAGACAAUCUGGUCUUAUAAUGUGUCAAUCAGUCUUCAGAUGCUGGGGCGGAAAUCUAGCCACCAUAUAUGUUCUUAAAAAGGUUCCCUUUCCCCACCCCUGUUUUUGUUUUCUAAGUCACCUUCAGGAUUAGAUAAAAAAGUCAUCAGUGAUUUUUUUGGGGGAGGGUGGGGCGGGGAAGGGAAUCCAACAAAUCGUCCACUAAGAAAUGAAUCAGUGUCUUGUUUUGAGUGAGUGUGCAGGACUCAAAAUGUGUCUUAAACUUGUCUGGAAUCCGCAGUUGAGGUCACCUGGAUGUUGACACUUAUCACAACUCUGUUUUUCCCAUGGUGCCUCUUACUUGCAGCUGGGUGGCAUUCAUGUGGGCUCCGAAACUGAAGGGAGCCAAGUCACAAAAAUGUAAGAGGACACUGGGACUGUGAGAAUAUCUACUCACACAGUAUGUUCAAGGCAAUAAACAAGGCAGCCACAAUGAAAAAACAUUUGAAUGAAAUGUUUAUGAGGCCGAACCCUAACGACGACUCCUGGACCCCUUUAGAAAGGGAGCCCAUGCUUUUGGAAACCAUUAGUUUCAUUUCAUCAGAUUUGCAGUUUUAUUACACUAAGCUGCAUCUCUGUGACACUGACAGAAAAUUGAAAAGGAAAAUUCUGCAAAUUACUGGAGAUUUUUCUGUUGAGUUUUUUUUAUAGACUCAUAAAUAGCUCACCCAAUUUCAUGUGCUUUAAGUAGUCAGUCAUGAUUAACCUUCCUAACUGCUUUUGUGUCUUGAACACAUACCUACAAAGAUAAACUUCACUUGCAAUACUUUGCAAAAAUCUAUACACUAAAAGCAAGGGUGAUAAGCUGGCCCAAUUAUGUUAUGUGUCUUUUAUGCUUCCCCAGGCAGACCAUGAAUAUGUGUGUGUGUUUGUCACUAUUUCUUUUUUUUUAAAGUAGUUGCUAUUUAAAAUGUCAAGAUAAAUGCAAGGCAGGUAUGGUUUUGAUAAUAGCACGUGAACGGGAGGCUCAUCAGAAGCUGGCUUUGGAAUGAUGCUGAACAUUUGCUAGUCCCCACGAGGUAGCUGCUUGAUGGUGGACAGCUCAUAGAAGAAUUUAAAAAUGAGCCCUUUAGAAAUUGGAGUCAAAGAAGACUGAAUGCCAAGCACAGAGAGCACACACGUCUUCCUAGCUGAUGGAAUCCAAGCUUGUCAGAAGCACAAGAAACUGCUUGGUACGCUUCUCAAAGGCUCUGAAAACAAAUGUAUUUGGUUUAUAUUUCUCUUGAGAAAAGUUUAGCAACCCGACAACGCUUUUGCUCUAAGCUUUUGUAGUAGAUUUAAGGGGAAAAAAACAUUUCUUGUUCUCUAGAAAGUUUUCUCUUUCUGACAUGUAACAAAAUGAAGACAUAGGCAGCGCGGUCCAGUUUGAUCUGGUUUUCAUUCUCCAUGGAGGUUCUGCAUCUUCUCAUGUCUCUCAACCCCCACACAGCACCCAGAAAUGUCUAAGCACAAUUUCCACAAGCAUCUUGUAAGGGGAGGGUUGAGAUUAGUCCAGUUUCUCUCUUGCCCCUAGGCCCUUUGCUCGAAGGUGAUGAAGAUGGUUUUGGUCACAGACCCUCUCUGCUGGGGCUCUGUAACACUCUAGGAAUUAGGGGAAAACCUUUUCCAUAAUUGAGAGCAAGUGACACACCCACUUUUCAGGUUCAUCCACCUCCCAGUGGAAUGAUUUCAGUCAAAUGAGAAAGAAAAUAUGUGUGAUCUUUAAUAAUACAGCUCAUAUAAUACAGUAGAUAUAGUUUAUACUGAGGUUACAAUAUAGAUAGAUACAAGAUAGGUGCCUUUUUGAUUAUGCUUGUUUAUCAUUAUGGUCUUGGAAAGGAAACCAAGCAAGCAAACUUCUGCAUAUUCUAUAACAAUAUUUUAUGAUACACAAUUGAUAUUUUUUAUGGUGAGAAUUGGGAUGCCCUUGACAGAAAGAUAUUACAGGUGGUAGCUGGUUGUAUUUUCCUUCUAAAGGUUUAUAAUAUUAGAAAAAUGCUGACUUACUCAAUUUUUUGAAAAGUUUUUUUUUUGUGGAUUUAUAUAUAGUCGAGAUAUAUAAGCAUUAAGUUUAGGUUUGGGGUUUAAAAUACUUACAGUGAGCUAGAUUAGUUAUAUUAUGAGGCUGAAUUCACUGCAUAAGAUAAACUGUAUGACUUGAUUAUAUUUUAACUCUUUGCUUCUGAUAAUCUGUCCGUGGAUGUGUUGCACUGAUAAUCCGAGUUAUCAUUGCAUUGUUUGGGGGUGGUUCAACAUGAUGAUAGAGCUUCAGUUAAGUAGGAAGCUAUGUAAACGAAUUUAAAGAUGCUAAAAGUGAAAGUCUCUUUUAAGUAUUCCAUGUCCCUUAGGAUCUUUUGCCAGGCGAGUAGCUGUCAAUAACUGAUGACCAAAGAAGUCAAGACGUUGUGUGAAACUUCUGUGGUCAUUGUUCCUGGAUGUAUAAGACCACUACAGUGCUCAUUCCUGGAAGGUUCUCAGGGCAAAUGUCCCUCCCAAUCUUCUGUAUAUCUAACAGAGCUCCAGAGCUCCCCAUGCUUCUCAUGUCUGGUGCAUUGUAUCCUGGUUGCAUAGCACAUACCCACUGUUGUCAUUAUUGAUUGUUAAAGAUGAUUUCCUUUAAAAGAAAGAGAGAAAACUGCACCACAGCAUUCUUCCUCCGUGUCCGUACAAUGAAUUGCUGAGCAUUUUGGAAGUAGCACCAAGUGUGGAACAGGCAUAAUAUUUGUGGAACUGUUGGCUUUUGACCUGUGAUAAAAACACAAAUUCGAACGAUUCAGUUUGGCUUCUGUUUGCUUUGAAAAUAUGCACAGUUGUGGUUUGUGAUUUAGUUGUAGAACUGUACUAACUUUGAGAACAUAAUGAUUUUGAAAGAAGUAUUAAAUGACUUUUUUCCCCCAAUGGAAGGGAAUCACAGAAUGAUAUACGGUUACUAGUAUAAUUUGGCUUUUGUUAUGCAAGUUGUUAACACCAGCUAUUAAAAUAUAUUUUAGUAGAAAUGCUUUAACUCAUGUCUUUUUCCUCUACACUGUGAAUCUUAAGCCUUGGUGGACCAGAGACACAUUGUGAUGUCCAAAGGACUAACCUAUGCAAAUGAGUUCACAUCUUAUAUUGAUGUCACAGUAAAGGUGUGAUGAGGCAUUAUUUCUCCUCCUAAGGUACAACAGUAUUGAAAUAACGAAGGAAGCCCGGCCUCCCAUGCACUGACUGCAGUCUCUCACAAUCCCUUCAAGGUUACCGAAAUCAUUAGCACUUAUGUAAAUCAGAGUGGUAUCAAUUGAAGCUACUUGAAUGAUUCCGGGCAGAAAAUGACAGGCAUCUUGACUGGCUUUCAUAAAAUUAUGUUCUCACAUAUUCUCUGUUCAGGGUGUUGGCAUUCUGUGUCUUCUAUCUGUAUUUGUAAAGCCUUAUGAUGAAUUGAUUUCCUAUCAACACACUCGGUUUGCUUAAAUAAAUUCAGGAUGUAACACAAUGGUUCUACUUCUUUGCUGUCACGUGCUUCCUAGGAGCACAGGUCAUUGGGUGUAGGGUGUAGCACUGGGCAUUCCUCUUGGUGGCUCACAUCCAGUCACAGCAAAGGUUUAUGAAGGCAUAGUGGAUUUAUUUUGAAAAGCUGUGGAACUCAUAUAUUCCUCCCUGAAACUAAUACACUUUUAAGAAAUAAUAAUAGUAUACUUUUUAUCCCACAGUAUUUCUGAUUUUUAUACCUAAGUAUUGCUGGAAUGCAUCCUAGUAGUUAACUUUUUUUCAAAACUGAAGUGUUCACUGGUCUGGUGUUAGUUUUCUUGAAUUUGAAAGAUGAAAGGAGCCACAGAAGCAACUUGGAGGAGGGAAAGGGCGCAGAUUGAUACUCUGAUCUUUCAUCAAAGAAUGUCUAUCAUAGAACAUAAUUGCUUCUUUUCUCAUGCCUCUGUACCAUAGAACAUAAUUGCUUCUUUUCUCAUGAUUUUCUCAUAAUUGAAAUUAAGGUAGUUCCAAUUUUACCCUCAUCUACAUUUCAAUAAAUUGGAUCUUGGCUUUAU